AUGGCGGCCCCGUCCGAAACCGAGCGGCUGCUGGGCCGCGGCCCCGCCUAUGGCACGACGGAGUCUCCGGUGGUGGCGGAGGAAGAAGAGCUGCGACGCCGCCUCAAAUACUUCUUCAUGAGCCCCUGCGAUAAGUACCGGGCCCGGGGGCGGCGACCCGUUAAGUUGGGGCUGCAACUGGCCAAGAUCCUCCUUGUCACCGUCCAGCUCAUCCUCUUCGGGCUCAGCAACCAGAUGGUGGUGACGUUCAAGGAGGAGAACACCAUCGCCUUCAAACACCUCUUCCUGAAGGACUACGUGGACGGCGCGGACGACUCCUACGCCGUCUACACGCAACGCGACCUCUACGACCGCAUGUUUUAUGCCGUGGAGAAGUACUUGGCCAUUCCCAACGAGACCAUCGGCCGUUACGCCUACGUGCGGGGGGAGAGCAGAGGGAACCAGUCGGCCCUCAUGCUUUGCCAGCAGUACUACCGUAAAGGGCGCAUCGAUCCGGCCAACGACACCUUCAACAUCGACCCCAAGAUUGUCACAGACUGCCUGGGAGUGGAUCCCGAGGACCCACAGCCUCUGCCCCCGGAGCUGGACCGCAGCUACAAGAACUUCACCCUCAAAUUUCACAAACUCAUCAACGUCACCAUCCAGUUCAAGUUGAAAGCCAUCAACAUCCAAACCAUUAUCAACAACGAGAUCCCUGACUGCUACACCUUCACCAUCACCAUCACCUUCGACAACAAAGCGCACAGCGGCCGGGUGAAAAUCCACCUCGACAACCGGGCUGACAUCAAGGAGUGCAAAGAUCCCAGCGUCUUCGGCCGAGGUGACAACUCCUUCCGGCUGUUCUUCGACGUUGUCGUCAUCCUCGUCUGCUCGCUCUCCUUCAUCCUCUGCGCUCGCUCCAUUAUCCGGGGCCUGAUGCUGCAGCACGAGUUCAGCCGGUUCUUCCAGCGCCGUUACAACCAAAGCGUGUGCUUGUCGGAUCGCAUGGAGUUCCUCAACGGCUGGUACAUCCUCCUGGUGAUCAGCGACGUCCUGACCGUGCUGGGAACCAUCAUGAAGAUCGGCAUCGAGUCCAAGAACUUCGCCAGCUACGACGUCUGCAGCAUCCUCCUGGGCACCUCCACGCUGCUGGUCUGGGUCGGGGUCAUUCGCUACCUCACCUUCUUCCAGAAGUACAACAUCCUCAUCGUCACGCUGCGGGUAGCCCUCCCCAACGUCAUCCGCUUCUGCUGCUGCGUGGCCGUCAUCUAUCUGGGCUACUGCUUCUGCGGGUGGAUCGUGCUGGGCCCGUACCACGUCAAGUUCCGAUCCCUUUCCAUGGUGUCCGAGUGCCUCUUCUCCCUCAUCAACGGGGACGACAUGUUCGUUACCUUCGCCGAGAUGCAACAGAACAGUUAUUUGGUGUGGCUCUUCAGCCAGAUCUACCUGUACACCUUCAUCAGCCUCUUCAUCUACAUGGUCCUCAGCCUCUUCAUCGCCCUCAUCACCGGUUCCUACGAGACCAUCAAGCACCAGUGCGAGGGCGAAGCGCCCGUCUCCCAGCUCCACGCCUACAUCGCCCAGUGCAAGGACAGCCCCAAAUCGGGCAAGUACCGUCGCGACAGCGCCUCGUCCUGCUCCGUCUUCUGCUGCUGCGAGCGGGCUCCUCUGCAAGACAACGCGCUGCUGGUGAAUUGAGGGGGAGGACCCCUCGGCGCGGACCCCCAGGGACAUGAGGGAGCGGUGCCCUGUGCUCCCCGCCCCCGGCCCCGAGCGCUUUUAAUUUAUUUUAUCGUCUGCUUUUAUCGGCUCGGGGCCCGGAAGGAGUGGGGAGAGACGGCGCCCGCGUCCCCUGCACGCGGGGGACGUUAGACGGACGCUUGUGGCCCUCUUUAUUUUUCUUGACGGACCUUGGCUUUGCUGCUCCUAAUCCUGAACUGGAGGAUUUGAACCUUUCGGGGGCUCAACGUAGAGCCCUGUGACCCCUCGGAUGUGUUUUGGGGGGGCAACUUGGAGCCCUGUGACCCCUCGGAUGUGUUUUGGGGGGGCAACUUGGAGCCCUGUGACCCCUCGGAUGUGUUUUGGGGGGGUAACUUGGAGCCCUGUGACCCCUCGGAUGUGUUUUUGGGGGGUAACUUUGAGCCUGGAGCCCUGCGACCCCUCGGCUGCAUCGGGGAUGUGGCCGAAACCUCAUUGUAAAGCCCCCCCAGCCCCUUGGCUGCCUUGGGGACUCGUCCCCAAGCCCCCUGGUCCCUUGGCCACGUCAGGGACUUGUCCCUGCCCUUGUCCCCAAGCUCUCCAGUCCCCUGGCAGCGUCAGGGCUCCAUCCUCAGCCCCUUGGCCACGUCGGGGACUCGUCCCUGCCCUUGUCCCCAAGCUCUGCGGUCCCCUGGCAGCGUCAUGGCUCCAUCCUCGGCCCCUUGGCCGUGUUGGGGACUCGUCCCUGUCCUUGUCCCCAAGCCCUGCGGUCCCCUGGCAGCGUCAUGGCUCCAUCCUCGGCCCCUUGGCCGUGUUGGGGACUCGUCCCUGUCCUUGUCCCCAAGCUCUGCGGUCCCCUGGCAGCGUCAUGGCUCCAUCCUCGGCCCCUUGGCCGUGUUGGGGACUCGUCCCUGUCCUUGUCCCCAAGC